AUGGAUCUAGAGAGAGAGAGAGAGAGAGAACGGAAUUUGGCAAUUCAUCCUUCCGAUCCUAUAUAUGGUCGGUGUGUUUAGUGGGGCUGGAUUUAAGAAAAGAUGGAAUGGAUAAGCGAGCGGCUGUGCGUAGUGGUGUUACCUUUUAUCGGCUUAACGGAAGUCGUGGUAUUCGCCGUAAGUGGUUGCUUCCACUGCCUGCCACAGAGAAGAGGAUGUCGCUUCAAGACUCCUGACAUUGUUCGACUCGCCAAUGUUACUCCAUUUACGGUUAAGGAAGUGGAAGCACUGUACGAACUAUUCAAGCAGCUGAGUAGCUCCAUCAUUGAUGAGGGCAUAACCCACAAGGAAGAGUUACAACUGCCCUUAUUCAAGACUCCAUUUGGAGAGAAUCUUUUUCUAGAUAGGGUUUUUGAUCUUUUUGAUGAAAAGAAAAAUGGUGUUAUUGAAUUUGAUGAAUUUGUCCAUGCACUCAGUGUCUUCCAUCCUUAUGCUUCAUUGGAUGACAAAAUUGAUUUUGCAUUCAGGUUUUUUGAUCUGAGACAAACAGGGUAUAUUGAGAGGGAAGAAGUUAAGAAGAUGGUAAUUGCUAUGUUAUCGGAGUCUGAAGUGCAUCUGUCAGAUGAACUUGUAGAAGCAAUCAUUGAUAAGACUUUUGCGGAUGCUGAUGCUGACAUGGAUGGUAAAAUCAACAAAGAGGAAUGGAAGGCUUUUGUUAUUCGAAAUCCCAACCUUUUGAAGAACAUGACUCUUCCUUAUUUGAGGGACGACACCACGACAUUUCCAAGUUUUGUUUUCAACACCGAGGUUGAGUACUAAAUUAGAAUUUUCAUGCUCAAGGCUAUCAAGGAGUUUAUGGGAGCUUCAGGUCCAUGUAAGACCACUUUACGAUGCCAUCGAAAUUGUAUCUUUGCUUGCAAAAGGUUUGUGAUAUGUGUUGAAGCCAUACUAUGUAAAAACGUAACCCUAAAAUGAUGCAGAAGAUAAUGGAAAAACAAAAAAUGCAAUGUACACAGAUUUACAAGGUUCG